UGACAGGACGUGUGUUGUUGACAGGACGUGUGUUGUUGUUGACAGGACGUGUGUUGUUGUUGACAGGACGUGUGUUGUUGUUGACAGGACAUGUGUUGUUGUUGACAGGACGUGUGUUGUUGUUGACAGGACAUGUGUUGUUGUUGACAGGACGUGUGUUGUUGUUGACAGGACGUGUGUUGUUGUUGACAGGACGUGUGUUGUUGUUGACAGGAAUGUGUUUAUGUUGUUGUUGACAGGAAUGUGUUUAUGUUGUUGUUGACAGGAAUAUGUUUAUGUUGUUGUUGACAGGACGUGUGCCCAUGAGGUCGUUGCUGUUGGUGCUUCUGCUGAUUGGCGUCCAGGCUGUACUGAACAUGGGAGGUGUCCUGGGCCCGGUGGCAGCCAACCACAGCGCAGAACACCACACAGUAGCCAAUGGCAGAGCAAAACAGCAGCGGGCGGCCCGCCUCUCAGUGUCACCUCAGCAGGAGCAGCAGACUCAGCAGAGACCCAGCCGGACCAGACAGGCCCACAGGCCAGCCUCUCUACCCCAGGGCAGGAUCUCUUCCCUGGGCCACUCUGAGACAGGCUCCCCCUCUACCUCCUCCAUCCCGGAGGUGGACACCAAACUGUUCGGCAAGCGGCUCUACCACUCCUCACCGCGCGUCGUCUUCAGUGACGUACCCCCCUCUCACCACGGCCUGGGGGGGGAGACGGGGGAAGAGGAGGGAGAGGAGGAAGUGGGGAGGGUGACGGGUGGGGGAGUGAGGGUGAGGCGGAAGGCGGGGGGGCAGCCCAUGCACAGGGGGGAGUACUCCGUGUGCGACAGCAUCAGCGUGUGGUUGGGGAACCUGACCAAGGCCACAGACAUCGCCGGCAACGAGGUGGAGGUUCUGCCAGAGGUGAAGAUAGACAACGUUCGCAAGAGACAGUUCUUCUACGAGACCACCUGCCGUGUGGCCACACCCCCGGGGGGCGGAGCUGGGGCUGGGGGAGGAGUUAUGGGAGGCGGGCCCAAGGCGAGGGCCAAAUCAGGGUGCCGCGGCAUCGACAGCCGUCACUGGAACUCGUACUGCACCAACACGCACACGUACGUGCUCGCGCUCACCAAGUCCAAGGAGCAGAUGGCGUGGAGGCUGAUACGCAUCAACGCAGCGUGUGUGUGCGUCCUCAGCCGCAAGUCCUGGAGGCAUUGACCUUUAACCCCUGGGACUAUGGACCCUGAACCACACACCAUCAUCACUGACCUUUAACCCCUGGGACUAUGGACCAUGGACCAUGAACCCUGAACCACACACAGUACACACACCAUCAUCACUGACCUUUAACCCCUGGGAAUAUGGACCAUGGACCAUGGACCCUGAACCACACACCAUCAUCACUGACCUUUAACCCUGGGAAUAUGGACCAUGAACCCUGAACCACACACCAUCAUCACUGACCUUUAACCCCUGGGACUAUGUACCAUGAACCCUGAACCACACACCAUCAUCACUGACCUUUAACCCCUGGGACUAUGGACCAUGGACCAUGAACCCUGAACCACACACAGUACACACACCAUCAUCACUGACCUUUAACCCCUGGGAAUAUGGACCAUGGACCAUGGACCCUGAACCACACACCAUCAUCACUGACCUUUAACCCCUGGGACUAUGGACCCUGAACCACACACAGUACACACAUCAUCAUCGGCCAUCAUUAGGGGUCGAGUAUGAUUGCCCUCCUGGUGGGUCUCACACACACACUCUUGAAUCACCCCCCCCCCCUACCUCAGUCAGUGUCCUGGUUCUUCUAAGUUAUGAGGACUGUAAGUCAUAUUUAUAUUUUAAACAGUCAAAUAUGAAUUUAAAUAUAUAUUAAAUAAGUGUGUAUAUAUACACACAUCAUGAAAUCAAGCUUUCAUUGUUGUUGUUGUUGAUGUUGUUAUUUAUUAAACUCUUC